ACGCGUUUUUUGCGACAUAGGAAAACUUGACGUCCACCCAACAUGUUGCUUUUCUGCCCAACAUGCAGCAACAUGCUGCGCGUCUCCAAAACCCCGCCCGGUGAUCCCACGACCGCAGACUAUGUCGACAAGAAUCGCUUCGUGUGUCUCACGUGCCCAUACCAAUUCGUCAUCGAAGGGCGCUACUUUGAGCGAAAGUACAUGAAGAAGAAGGAUGUUGACGAUGUCAUCGGAGGAAAGGACGCCUGGGCAAAUGUCGACAAAACAGAAGUUCAAUGUCCAAACGAAAAGUGCAGGAAUCACGAAGCAUACUGGUACCAGCUGCAGAUUCGCAGUGCUGAUGAACCCAUGACGGCUUUCUACAAGUGUACUCAAUGUGCAAAGGAGUGGCGAGAGUAAUCAGACGACAUUGCGCAUACGGACAAGGAGUUUGGGUGCAAAGGUUGUCUUUGGUAUACCCCAGUGAAUUUUGACAGUCAAAUAUAUUGUUACAUCGUACCUC